AUGUUUGCGAAUGAAGCUCUCAAAGUCCUUAAUCACUAUCGCGCGAAAAGAUACAGCUCAAACCUCACUCCAGUGCAAAAACGUGGUAUGCGAGAGGGUGGAGAGUUUGUCGUAAUUCCUCAUCAGUUAGAUGUGGAGAUAACGAAAAAGCAUCUCGAAGAUGCUUCGCUUCAUCGCCCAUCAUCUGAGAAGGAAUUUAAAAGCAAAUACCGAAAAUUGAACCACGAAUGGGCCAAAAUGGAGAGGGCUGCUGGUUUAAAACCAUCAGUUAUCUCUCAACUUAAAGUUGACUUUCUCACAUGCCCCGUCUUGUACUUACUUAUAAAAACUCAUAAAUGGUCCGGAAAGUACUACGCUCAAAUAAGAGGGUUGGCAAUGGGACAACGACUGGCUCCAAGCCUUGCCAUUGCAUUUAUGUCUAAGGUGGAAGCACCGGUGACUGAUCUCGGGCCUCUACUCUACUGUAGGUAUGUAGACGACUGCUUUGUCCUUUGUUCAACACAAGAGGAAAUGGACAAAUGUUUCGAAUUGUUAAACGCACAGUCAGAGUAUAUCAAGUUCACCCCAGAAAAGCCGAAAGAAAAAUGGCUUCCAUUUUUGAACCUACAAAUUCACCUAUCAGAGAAUGGCUACGUUACAAAGUGGUACUGA